CAUUACUCUCCCGCCUUCGCCGUCCGUCCUCUCGAUUCCUCCGCCCACCACCACCUCGUCCUGCUGUGGCCCGUCGACGCCGUUUUAUCUCGCUUCGUGCCACCGCCUGUUCUUAUCGCGGCUCGCCCACCUCCGCCUUGACCCUUCUGCGCCAACCGCGGGACAUAGAUCCUUCGUCUCUACGAGCGUUCUGCGUCGCUCCGGCUUGAGACAGGUAGCAAGGAUAGCUGCUGACCGCUAUUCGUCUUGCUUAGCGGCACCAACUCACACGCCGCGAGGCCACCACAGCUUCAGACGUGCUCCUGUUCACCAGCCAUCACCUUCGCGAAGCCAGCGAACAGCAGCGCUUGCUCAGCUGCAGUUCAGCACCGACACCACACGCGACUCUGCUGCUUCCACAGCCUCGAGUCCUUGAACAGCAAGUCAACCCUCGACUUGAUCUGCUUUCCUGUUAUUGUCAAACUUUGGCCGGCAAGCCGCCCACGUUCAGCUUCGCAUGUGGCAACAGUCGAACGACAUACUCCCUUUUACCAACAUCCUCACAGCCGCAACGUCCUGACCAUCGCAACUCCAUACCUACUCGGCCAAAGAACAUUGAUCUCUGCGCCAUAAUGACAACCGUCUUUGCACAGCCGCCACUGGCGCCUUUGAUGCCUGGGCCGUCGGCACCGACCCCGAUCCAGCAUCCUAUCUCCUCGCAACCGUACACGUCGCAGGCGCAAUUCACACCACCGUCGUCCUCUGACACAGUGUCAACGGUGACGUCGCCCGUGUCGCCGCGCGCAUCAUGGAACAUUCCACAGCAUCUGCAGAUGCACACGCGACAAAUACGCCAGCCCAAGGGGCCAAUGUACGUACCGGCGGUCUUACGGCCUACUGAAAAGCCAGUGCGGUCGUCUCCGCCCAAGAGCAGAGGCAUGCAGUAUGGCAGUCCCGAAAGCCUCGAUGAGUUCGGUGUCUCGGAGCGGCCUUCAGGCGUCGUUCCAGGAAUGAGCAGGAUUGUGACAGAGGAAUGGAAUGAGGAUGUUCUCGGCCCUGUUACCGGGGCGCCGUCGCGGAACCACUGGAAGCCGGACACUGCCUCAUCGUGUUGCGACGACAGUACUUGUGGGCGAGAGUUCACUUUUUUCAAUCGUCGCCAUCACUGCCGCCGUUGCGGUCGCAUCUUCUGUAGCGAGCAUUCUUCGCAUUCCGUUCCGCUCGAUCACCAUGCACGCUUCCAUCCGGAGGGCCAGAAAGGCAGGGCCUGCAACUCCUGCUGGUCAGACUAUCGUACUUGGGAAACGGCCCGGGUCAGUCGCAGCAAUAGCACAAACUCACGUGACGGCAGUCUACCCGGCACUCCUAGCAUUCCUCUGCCUGGCAAGCGUGGUUUCAACGACGGCGUGAAAGCAGCUGCCAGCGUUGCCAAGAGUGUUCCCCGUGACUGGAAUUGGAGCACGUUUUGAAGCGUUGCUCCAAAUUCACUCCGAAAUAUGACAUCAUGUUAAAGCAGGUUGCUAAACAUCACAACUUUAAUGUCGACAACCACCGCCGCCCUCAAUGCAUGAACACGGUAUGGCUAUGGAUGCCACUGUGACGAUCUGAGCAGAUCCUCCGCAUCUGAAGGGGCAGGCAGAACGGCCAACGCCCGUAAUAGUUGAGAUAAAAGCAGUGUUGAACUGGCUCGCUGUCAAACAAGCGACAGCUCAAAAGGAUCCUAGUCACGGCUGCAUACGUCUAAAGUCCUAGGCUUGGGCUCAAAGACGACCUUCAAAAGCAUUCCUAACAAGCGAACGAAGAGGAGCAAAAAAUCUCUUCUAACGAUUGCGCUUUCUCUCAGUAAUACCUUAGAUUGAGAUACCACAUACAUUUCUGUGCUUCGAGUUGGGCGGAGUUUGUCUGUUAUUUUGCGGAUCAUGCAUGGUGUUGGCGGACGAUCUGUUUGAUUCACGUUUUUAAGACCUUUUGAUUUUGUAAUGAGCGUCAUGUUGCGACGGCCGAGUCCAGGUGCUUGUUGGUGAUUUCUUGACAGGCUGGUCAUGUACUUGAUAUCCAUAGAUUUUUUUUCCCCCAAGCGUCGAGGAUGCGGACACUGGGUCAGGUGGGAGAGCAGCUUAGGUGCGAACUGUGAAUUGGAAAUCAGCGCGGCAGUAUUUGCAGGUAGUUCAGUAAUGUCAAC